CGCACGGCGGGCUGCCUGGCAACAUGAGGCAGAGAACAGGAAGACCCACAGCAGGAAAGUGAACAACCUGCGGACCCUGAGUAGAAAUCGACAAGAAACAACACUUUGGACAGACAAUGGAGGAUGCAGACAAAGGUUCCCAGGGCCAUCCGGACUCGGUCCCAGAGGUUGGAGAGGAUGCAGUGACGUCUGUUGGCGCUGCGUCCUCAACAACACCCGACUUGACAGAGGAAGAGCGUCAGGAGCUGCAGGAGGAGCUGGCUAAGGUCGAAGAUGAGAUCCAGACUCUGUCCCAGGUGCUGGCAUCCAAAGACAAGCAGCUGACUGAAAUUAAGAGGAAGCUGGGCAUCACUCCUCUUAAUGAGCUGAAACAGAACAUCACCAAAACUUGGCAGGAGGUCACUGCCUCCACUGCCUAUAGGAGGACUUCUGAAACUCUGUCUCAGGCGAGUCUGAAGGCUACAGCAGCUUUCACAAAUAUGGGCUCAGCCAUCACCCGGAAGCUCGAGGAUGUCAGCGUAAAGUCAUUGCAGCACUCGGCUAGCAUGCCCGUCAUGAGAAACGCACCAACCUUCAGGUCGUUUGAGGAGAAAGUAGAGACUCUGAAGACCAAGAUGACCCCAUCACCAUCCACCAGUGAGACCGGCAUCCAGGACGGCGGUGAUUCUCCAACCGCCGAGGCUUCGCUCAAUCAGCCAGACAACUCGCCCUCCCAGGAGGAGCCGAUGCACUGAGAGGGCCUAACCACUCUUGAGCCCUCCCCAGCCCCUCCUCGCUCUCUCUGUCGACCCUCUAAC